AUGGCUGUCGCGGACCAAGAUAGUGUGGCUUCCCGUGAGCCCAGCCAAGACAUGAAGGGAGAUCAAGAUUCUGGUUUCCGGGACGUGAACGACGAGGCCACCCCUCUGCUCACAGAUACAUCACGGCAAUCGGAGUACAAGACCAUAAGGCAACGACCAGAGGACGAAUCGAACACAGACCCGGACUCGUUGGAACAAUGUCUCUCGCCCGGUCCGCAAGUACCAACAUCAGUGUGGGCCACCAUAUCGGUCUUACUCCUCGGAGUCUUUGUCUGCAACGCGGAUUCGACGCUGGUCCUCGCAACAUACGGCGUUGUUGCAUCCGACUUCGACGACCUGGAGUCCGGCUCAUGGCUGGUAUCGGCUUUCAUCCUGGCACAGUGCGUAGCUCAGCCCUUGUAUGGGAAGCUCAGCGACAUCUACGGCCGCAAAGCUUGUCUACAGGUAUCCUAUAUCAUGUUCGCCGUCGGAACAGCUGUUGUUGGCAUGGGACAGUCGAUGCCGCAGGUCAUUUGUGGGAGAGCCAUACAAGGAGCGGCUGCGGCUGGAAUGACUGGUAUGGUUUCUAUCAUCAUCACUGACCUGGUGCCUCUCAACGAAGUGGCGUCUUUGCGGAGUUAUGCGAAUAUCUCGGCGACAACAGGGCGGAGUUGUGGAGGUGUGAUUGGAGGUGCUUUGACACAGGCACUGGGCUGGAGAUGGGCAUUCUUGGUGCAGGUUCCCGUUGUGUUGCUCACCAGCGCUCUGGUGCAGUGGCGACUCGAUCUCCCAGCCAAGCACGAUCCAAGCCAGACGAGCUGGCAGAAACUCUGCCGCAUCGAUUUUACCGGCUCCAUCUUCCUGAGUGCAGUCAUAUUUUCUGCAUGUUUCAUCCUCGACAUGGGCGGGCAAAAGUUUGCCUGGAACUCCAUCGUCAUCAUUGGCAUGGCAAUUGUGUUCGUGAUCUCCUGCAUCGCCUUCACCAUUUCCGCGAAGCUCGUUGCCGAGCCAAUAUUCCCAAUACGGCUCUGGACGCAAUACGCCGCGGUAACGAACUACAUGGUGAUCUUGUUACAAACGAUGGGCCAGUUCUCACUGAUAUCGAUGAUCCCGCUGUACUUUCAAGCCACGAACCGGUCCUCUCCAGCAGCAGCGGGCGCAUAUCUGAUUCCGUCCUUCGCGGGCAACUUGAUCGGAGGGCUGAUCGCUGGAUACUGGAUCAAGCGGACUGGAUGGUACAAGGUGCCCACCGUAAUGGGACCUGCGAUGUGUGUUCUGACCAUGUUGUUGUGUUACUUUACCUGGCACGGACACACCACGGUCCUGCAGGACUUGGCCAUACUCCCGGGAGGAUUCGCAGCAGGUCUGGUGGGCAGCUCGACGUUUGUUGGCUUAGCGGCUGGCGUGGCGAAAGAGGACCUGGCCAUUGCGACUUCGGCCGCUUACUUGUUCUUUUCGAUCGGAGGGAUCGCAGCUAUCAGUUCUUCAGCAGCAGUCUAUCAGAAUGCUCUCAAAUUUGGUCUUGAACGGAGGCUCGACGGAGUCGAGGGAGGAUCGCAGAUUAUGCGACGGGCACUCGGAGACAUCAAAUACAUUCAGCAUGCGAGUGAUGAUAUCCGGGAGCUGGUCCUGCCGGCGUUUGUGCAUGCCUUUCAUCAGGUCAAUUUGAUGUCCCUUGGAUGCGCAUGUGUCGGGCUCGUGAUAGCCAUCUUCUCGCAGCAGAAGUCUAUCCUCAAGAGUCAAUAG